CCGGAGAUGGCAUAUUUAAGCGUCAAAGCAAUGACGACUCUUUGCACUCUCACUGAAUGCCUUCAGGCACAUCAUAACACUUAGUUACUACAGCCUCACACAUUGACACAGACCGGCAGAGGAGCCACACCAACUAUACAAACAUGGAAAUCAGCAAAGUGUGUGCAGUGGCAGCCCUGUGCUCCCUCGUCAUCCUCACCACCUUUAUCGGCAGCACAGAGUCAGCGAGCUGCUGCCUGAGGUACGCCAGACGUCCGUUGCCAUGCAAACGGCUGCUGGGCUACACCGUGCAGAACAUCAACACUUCCUGUGACAUCAAUGCCAUUAUCUUCCAUGUUCCAGGGAGGUUUGUGUGCGCCAACCCAUCAGCCUCAUGGACACUGAGAGGGAUUGGCUGCUUGGAAGAAAGGAGGCGGCGCUUAGUAGAGGGAACCCGAGGCAACAACACAUCAGUUUAAACUCUAUACAGCAGCUAACGUCUGCAGCAUAUGACUCUUCUCUUUACACAUUCCUGCGCCCAAGAACCCAAUUUUCCAGUGAAAAAAAAAUGUAACUUAAAUCUUCUCUAAUUCUUUAACAAGAACAUUUUUCUUAUGUGUGUUCUGUUUUAUAAACAGGGGAGUGUAGUAUUCUUAAUACAUAGUAAACUGUAAGCUGACACUACAGUAUCAACAAAAUGAAAAAGGACACAUUGUUUUUUAAAGGUUUUGCAAUAUGUUUUGUAUAUUUUGUCUUGAUGUUGACCAACUCUGACAUUCUGAUGUUAGAGAGAUAAAGUAUGAAGCACUGUCUUCUCAAAAAGCUGUAAUUGUUAUUGAUAUUGUCAAAGAUUUUAUUAAAACAGAGGUGUUUAAGAAAA